AUAGAAAGCCCCAUUAGCAUGAGAGAACAGUCAAAAAGAAAAAUGGCUAAUUGCUUCCUUGUGAUCUACACCUACUGGAUGACCCCCAUGUGAGCAUAUGGGGCCAUCAAAGGUAAAAAAAAAUGGGGAUGCCAUGCUAGCUACCAUGAGACCCACCAUAGUUGUUGGAGUGGGGGACAAGUUAUCAAUACAAUUAAAGAGAAUUGAGUCCCAAACAGAGACUAUGUGCCCUCAUUCCAUUCCCUAAGCACGCCAGCCCUUUUGAUCCUCAUUGUCAUUAUCCUUGCACGCCACCGGAAUCAUUUCUCCCAACCUUUGCCCACCUCACCCAAGCCCACUCUAACCCCCCCUUACACUUCAAGUUUUCUUUUCUCCAUAGAAAAAUAAACAGUCAAAAGACAGGUGAAUUGCCAAGUACCCUUAACCUUUUGAGUGACUGCAUCGCUUUGUGCAUGCCACCGUGCGGCGCGUAGCCUUUCUUAACAUGAAAUAAUGGUACAUUUUGUCCUUCUGGGGAUUGUUUAAAACUCGAUUACUGUGUCAUUCAAUGGAGCCUAGACAAAUUGAACUGCAUAUCUUUGAUUAUGUAGCCUACACAAACUGCAGUGCAUUUGAGGAUGGUCUGCUCUGUUACAUGCAAACCAGAAGUCAAUUCUCUGGACGAUUCAUCCCCCACCUUCUCUACACCAACAGGCAGUUUUUGAUCUAAAAUUUCACAGCCUAACCUAUAUUCUCCCCAAAACUCCCUAUACUACGUGAAAUUUUUUUAAGCUUUCCCCUCUUUUAGAAUUCCCCAUUUUUUUAUUAAUGAAGUCAAGCUUCUGUUUUCUCUGAUCUAUAACUUUCCCCGAACAGUCCAGACUUCAAACUUUACUCUUUAAAAACUCGGUUCCUGUAUGAAUCUACAGGAAGGAAAAAGCUGAAUUGUAGCCAGUUCUCGCAGAAAUCAAGCUCUCCUUUAAUGUACCAGACCCACAACAGUGGAAAACCCUGGUAUAUCCAGCUUUAACUUCUUUUUAGACCAAACCUCGCUUCCUCACAUGGGUUCACUCUUCCCUCUCAUACUAAUAGUUCUUUCAUUGGGAUCUUCUGCAUUGAUGAAAACUGAAGCUCAGGGAAUCAAAUCAGCCCGCCUGCUUGAUCUGGUCCUCAGAGACUACACCAUCAGAUCCUACAACACACGCUCCAGGACAGGAAUGCUACACACUGUAGACUUACCGGCCAACUUCUCCGGCAUCCGAGUCGACACAGUGAGAUUCAGGUGCGGUAGUCUUCGCCGGUAUGGCGCUCAGGUCAAGGAAUUCCAACUGGGUAUCGGGAUAAAAGUCAGCCCUUGUGUGGAGAGAGUCAUAGUGAUUAGGCAAAACCUCGGAAACAACUUGUCUUCUAUUUACUCAGAGAGCUACAAUUUAUCUGGAUACCAGCUUGUUUCCCCUGUUUUAGGCCUUUUGGCAUACAAUGCAGACGACAAUAGGAACUACACCAACCCCUUUGAGCUCGGCAUUCUCGCCGGAAAAACACCCAUCAAGGUAGACUUCAGCAACAUUACCCUGGUCCAGACUCCGGGAACUGUUCCAUUAUGUGCUACAUUUGAGCGUGAUGGCAAGGUGACAUUGACAAACCAGACAUCACCAUAUGUUUGUGUCACAUCAAAGCACGGCCAUUUCGGGUUGGUGAUGGAGUCACCGGAGUUGCAGGAGGGGAAAAGGAUGAGCUGGUGGAAGGUGGCAGUGGGGGCCUCCAUUGGGGCUACAUUGGGUGCAUUUCUCCUGGGAUUGCUUCUGGUGGCAAUGUUUGUGAAGGUAAAGAAGAGAUCAAGAAUGGAGGAGUUGGAGAGGAGAGCCUAUGAAGAAGAAGCCUUGCAGGUGUCCAUGGUUGGGCAUGUGAGGGCUCCUAUAGCUGCUGUAACAAGGACAAUGCCCUCAAUUCAGGAUGAGUACACACCUCCUCCUCCUUGAAUUGUUAUACUCCAAUUAGCCAUUUUCAUUCUUUCUGUAAGAUUAGCUCAAAAUAUAUUAAGUUUUUUUGUUCUGAGAAGAAGAAAUUAAGAGAAGUCGUCUUAAUUUUCUUCCAUAAAUUUCAUUCAGAAUCAUAUUCACAAAAGCAGUUCUGGGUCUUCUUUGAGACAAUGCUCUGUAAAACAGAGUAUGAUCUUCUGGUCCAAUGUUUCAUAAAGAGGAAGCAUAGAGAAGGAGAAAAAGGAUUGGGAAAAAAAGAAAGAUCAAACAUAGAUGCUAAAUUGGAUCAAUCACAAAAAGUAAUUUCUGUUCAGUGUUUAAGAGAGGGAAGUGAAUUGAUUAGGGUUUAGAAUGUGGAUCAAUUACAUUAUAUCUUGUAUGGUCAACUCUGAAUCACCCAACUUCCAGGUAGGCCAUGGAUUUCAAAUGUGAGAUUGAUUAGAGUAACAGAGAAAGUCAAAUUUGAAUGAGAUUGGGAGGGGCAAACUAUUGAUCUGGUGGUUGAGGUGAGAUUCGGCAUCCCAGGAAAAGCAAUAUGUGAUUCAACAGUAAUCUCUCCACACAGCAUGGGCUCCACAUUAAGAUUAUUAACAGCUCUCUGCGAAAUCGUGGGUAAAAAAGUUUUUUGGAUUCAUUCUUUCUUAAGUCGAAGACUGUUUGUCCAGUUGAAUGUCGUCUCACUGUGAA